GUCGUUUUCUUGAGAGAUUCCAGCGGGGCUUACUACCCCCGCGGUGGAGUGAAGAAUUACGCGUUUGAUAAACUGGAGGUUGCUGAGGAGUACAUGAGAUUUCACCUCAUCACUUGCUUCGACGCUGAUGGUAACGAGGAACCGGACAACUACAAACAGGUGUCACUGCAUUUGCAAAAGUUCGUCGGGUUCGGCAUGCGGGCCUCUACUAGGCCUUCUUUUGAUAAGUCGCGGAAAAAAGACGCAUCGCAGGUUGUGAUGCUCCGCCCUUUCGAUUUUUUCAACAGAAUUAAUUGCCACAAGGUGUCUAGCCAUAUGUGCACGGUGGACAGCAAAUUGGCGCUCUGGGAACCCCUCAUACCGUUCGAUAUUCAACUUGACGAGUUCGCAUCGAAGCUUCUGUCUUAUAAAUUGCAGGCGCUGGGCCAAGCUAUUCUACACAGUGCGAUCUCUGUUGGGUCGCCACAUGGCGGUGGGGACCUGGGUGCUCGACAAAUCAGCUCGGUGGGAAUUACCAAACGUGAUAAGGUCGUAGAAAAGUCUGAGCCUGUCCAAAAGUCUGAUCUCGGGCCACGUUCCCUAACGAAUACGGUGUCCAAACGGUUAGCGUCGGGUCUGAAGCGAUGGCAAGGUCCGUCGGAAGCUUCGUCUUCACGUCAUGAUGGUGGCAGCGAAGUUCGCGAGGAUCUUGAUAAGACGGAGGACAACUUAUCAGUUGAGCAACAUGUGCUUGAGGGAAAUGCUGAAGGGAACGAAGGACAUGACGAAGACGAAGAUGAUCAGUUCGCUGGCUACGACGGUGGUGACGGUGACGAACAGGGAGUCGGGGACGGCGAGGAAGGGGUGGAAGACGAGGACGGAGGGGACGACGACGGCGAUGGCGAUGACGACGAGGGAACUGGGGUUGGGGGGGCGGAGGACGAAGACAGCUACGAAGCGGGGAGCGAAGGGGAAGAGGACGAAGCCAAUGACCACGGAGUGUCUGUCAAUGAGUCUCGCAAAUCGAGAGCUAGCGGUGAUGAGGAGCAGAGGCGAAGACAGUCGAAGUUGAUAGAUUUGGCAACUUCGGAGGAGGCGUAUAAGAAGGCAUUGGACGCACAGUCGGCGAAGCCGACGAAGGAAAAGCGCGAGGGACCACGCUCUUCCCAACAACCAAAGAAGAAAGCGAAGAUAGACGGUGCAAAGGAAGUUGGAGACUCCGGGGACGAGCCGGUCGGGGUUGACCCUCGAGAUAAUAUGUCCAAACCGGAACAUUUGGUGUCGGAUGCUAUCGAUUCAACGAGAUGUUUCUUUCUAGAGUAUGAUGACGACGACAAUGCGAUCGACCGGCCUGUUCAGGUGUUCGUAGAUGUCCGCAAGAUUUUGCCGAACCCAGACGAUGGGGAGUUCCAGUACAAUCACAGACCCCUGAACGAGAUGUUGGUCGCCUCCAUCAAAGACGCUAUGGAACGGCCAGAGAAACAGAAAGAGUGGGAUAGAAACACCUUCAUUCUGGCUCCUAUUAUAGAAGUCAUGCGGAACGGGCAGAAACAGUGGCAACAUUUGAAACACAAGGACUGGAGGGACGAGGAUGUCAAUUCGUACUAUUGGUACACCGUGGCAGGCCAACACACGGCGGAAGCUGCGAAGAGGUUGGAGCGAGCGAACUCUCCAGCUGCCAGGAAAUGGGGCGUCCGGUCAUGGAAAGCGCGUGCGGUGUACUUUGAUGAUGACCAUCUUGAUGGGUAUGCCUACAUUUCCACAUUUGACAACACGAGGGACACUCGAUCUGUCCCUUCGUCGUUCGGAAUGGAUGUCACCGCAAUAAGAGGGUUGUGGCGUCAUAUGAAAUGCUCGAAGGGUAACUGGCAUCUGGCGAAAACAAAAGAUGAUAAGGUGGCGCAGCAGCAGAACGAUCACGCUUUUCUGCGCAAAGCGAUAUGGAUGACACCAGACACCGAGCUCUGGAAUCAGUCGCUGAACAACAAAUUUGUCCGUAAUUGGUCCAACCUCUUGAGGUCGUUCAUGUGCCUUGCCACCACUAGCGACGCAGAUGGAGUUUGGCCGGUUGAUCAAGAGGGGAGGCCAUGCGAGGCGUCCGGUGCAGGUCCAACUUCCAAAACAGUGAAACGGAAAAAGGAACUGGUGCACUACGUGCAGUUGAACAAAAGUCCAAAUGGGUACUAUGUGUGUGUUAGUGACCCUCCGGCGAGCGCUUGGAAAGUGUUCGGGGAUUUCACUGCUAGGGAGAAGGAGAUGGCAUUGAAUUUGAUUUUGGCAGAGAAGGUCGUUGUCACCACCGGCAGGACUUUCGCCAAGAAACUGAUGAACAUGAACGACCUCUACACAGAAGUGCGCAGGGAGAGAUACAUGGUGCACAUGUUCAACUACGUGCUCUUCAAGUCGGAACACAGGGGACAUCGUGAGUGGAAUGACGGUUUUUUCAUCGGGUAUGAUGAUAUUAUGAAGAGGUUUGAGCCGCACGGGUUGACGAAAGAGAAAUGGGAAAAGAAGAAGAUGAAACUUCCAGUUGAGAGAACGAACAACGUGUCGAAACGACUGGGGGGGGUGGAUGAGGGAAAGUUGGGGCAGGGGAAUGUGGGGGGGUACAAGGUGACGACUGAAAUGUAUAUCGAGUGCUCGUACUUUAUCAAACUGUUUCUGCAUGAGAUAGUGGGAGCGGUGAGCCAGUUGAAGGACGAGCUUCAGCGCGUUAACGCAAAUGCACAGCAUAUACUGUGGGAUAAGCGGAAGUGUAAUACAACGUAUUUGCCUGUGUGCAUGGCGCCGUUGGAUGGGCUGCAAACGACAGAGGAUCUGACUCGUGCUGUGAAGAAAUUGAGUUGUCACCUUGCGGUGCUGGACCUAACUCCCCACAAGAAUCUGGAUUCAUGGACGGAGCAGACGUUUGUGGAACUUCAGCAAAUGAUGAUGACUCUGUGUGGGAGACAUUGGACACUCAUCAUUUCACGGUACCACGACGCCAAAAUUGGUGCAAUCGAGAUAUUUCUGGCACGUUGCGAGGACCUGUGGUUCGACAGAAAGAUGUGUCGCAUCGACGCAAGGAUCUAUAACGAAGUGUUGGAGCCUGAAAACCGUUCCGAUAUAAUGGACAGUGAGGAGGAUACCGAUGAUGACGAGAUCGACCUGCCGCUGCCUGAUGCAAGAAACCACGCAACUGACAAGAACAUGCGCACCGGGUCCUUAUCGGGGGGGAACCCGGCAGUGGUUGAAGUCGGGGGACCGACAAUGGCCAGCUGCGAGACCGCCCAACUCACACAUAGGCAGACGUCAUCCGCAAGAGAUGGUACCGAGGCAAGCUCUUCGAAAUGGAAAGACAAGAGAGGCGCUCCAGGGUUUCCAACGCUGAUGCGGCAAAUGUUCGACCACGUCAUGGAAAUGACAACAGAGAACCAAACUCGUGGUCAAUAUGACGACGUGGGGUCCGAGGAGAAUGACAUGUGUCUGGAGGACAAUCCGUUGUUCCACAUUCGAGACGACGAGGACAAAGCAAACAAGGGUGCAGGAGAGCAAGAUAUCAGCGAAAAGGUGAACUCCGUAUUUGAAGUGCUGCUUCAAAACAAUCUUCUGGAGUAUUGCGUUGCUUUCUAUGAGAGAAAAUCGAGCCCUUCACGAGGACAGAUCAGAUGGGCAUUGGAGUGUCGUCAGACGGAACAAAUGUACGACAGUGACAUAUUGGUGGGGUGCACUCAAGCCAUGGAAGAGAAUAUCCGAAAUGGGUCUAGACAAGGAGCCGUUAAGACGAGUGUUGCUGAAAAGGAAGGGCGUGAGAGGAAGGACGUCGAAUGUAAAGAACAGGGAACUCAUGAGGCAUCGGUUGAUGAGCUACUAAAAACGUCAUUUUCUGAGGGCGUUGGUGCGGUGCCAGGGGAAAAGACGGCAGGUCCGGGAUGUGGUGGGGAAGAGGCAGGAAAUACAAAGGAUCAGGGGGAAAAGAAGGCCACAACCGACAAAGAUGCGGGAGAUGCCGGAGAUGGGGGUGCCCAACGGGUGCCCAGUGGACUGGGAGACCCGCUUUCGGCAGCCAACAUAGGCAUGUCGUCACAUGGAGGACGGAGGGGGUGGGGGCAUGAUGCGGGAGAUGCACUGGUAUUUGGAGGAGUAAGCCCGCGGGACACUACCGAGCCUUAAGCGGAUAACAGAGAUGAGGGGAACAAACUUCUACACAUGGU